AGGCGGCGAUCGGUUUUCGCCUAUCUGAGCACUAGGCCUUAGGGGUAAAUCGGUGUUCUGCGGGAUUAUUUAGGGAACAAGCUGAUUUUUCAUUUGGCAACACUGGUGUCUAUAUAGUUCUUACCUUAUGCCGGCAGUUUGGUGUUCGUUGACAAAACAUGUUGGAAGCUAUUCUGACCGACUUGCCAGCUAUUAAAGCUCCCGAAUUAAGUUUUGAACAGCUUAAGAUGGUCCUGAAGCGUCUGCGUCCACUGCAGCGCUACAGUUUCUGCGUGGAAGCUUGCGAAGAAGGCGAUGCGGAAAAGCUGCGCGCGGGAUUCCUGAAGCUGCUGAAAGGUUACCUGAGCUUGGAGGAGGUGGUGGCCUUGUACUCUGCAUCCGUGGGUUUGUUCCUGUUGGCGGAAGACGAGUGCGAAAAACCAUGUAACCAGCGAUUAGAGCUACUAAACGAGACCUUCGGCUAUUCGGACACACUGAAGCCCACGAUGAUCCACUAUGCCACUGUGGAAAUGCUCAGUAGUAUAAGGCUGGCCAGCAGCGACGAGGAGCACUGCUUUGUCCACCUGCUGGAGGCGCUUCCCCACAUUCUUGUGGCCAGCGACACCGGUAAAAUGAUCUCCCUCGGGCUGCUCCGCGCGCUGAUAGCCACUAUAUCUGGUUGCCAAAUCAUCCUGCACAUCUAUCGCAGCGUGUGGGAGAUCUGGGAAAUGUUGAACCAAAUCAGCCAUAACAGCAUCAUGCUGGACUGGUCGCUGCGCAGGACUUACAUCUUUGUGAAGGCCUUCGCCAUGCUCAUCGCCACCGCCGCCUUCAACUCGUGUAAUGCGGAACUCAAGCAGGCAGGAUACAGGGGCUUUGACCUGCCACCCAAACCAAUGGAGAUUGCCGAGUGGUUCAAGACGCUGCGGGAUCGACUGGAGGAGAAGCACAAGGAGCUGAAGUGCUUGGAGGGAAUCAUGCUGGUGCGCUUUAUGGACCACAAUAUACUGGCCUAUUUGACGGAUACGGGCAAUGAAUCUACCUCCGAGGUGGGAAACGAGGCAGCCUCAGAGGCGGCAAACUAUAAACUUUAAGAGAGUGUUAUUUAUUAAUGUGUAAUAUAGGUAUUCGAAUGUUUAGGUUAGCACAUAAAGCCCAGGCUAGAGAUUCGA